ACGUCGCGUUCGGAUAACAUCACCACAGACUCGGCGUGCCUCGGCGCGCGCUUCACAGCGACAACCGGGCAGUCCCGGCGGGCGCCUUCGGCGACGCGCGCGGCGGAGGGCGCGCUGACCGCGUGCACGGGACGGUCGGUGCUGGACACGGCUUCCAGGACCUGUGACACUCCUUGGGUCGUACGGAUGCGACAGUGCGCGAUCGUGAUGACACGGUGCAGCUUCGCGCUGCUGCUGGUCAUGUGCCUGUGGCAACUCGGCGACGCCGGCCUUUCGGAUAAUGACGCUGCGCUGGGCCACGUGGUGCGCGAACUCCGUGCAGAGUUGCAAGCCUUGCAGCGCGGCCGCGACCAGGACCGCGCGGCGUUGCGACGGCUGGAAGAACGGCUGGAAGCCACUACGCCAUGGACAAUGAGCACCGCGCCUGCAACCACAGCACGUCCUCCCAGGCGUCGCCGGCCGCGGCGGCAGCACGAAGAGCAGCGAGCCUUCGCGCGGUCUCUGCGCGUGCUGGAGCAAGAGCGUCAAUCUCUGGACCAACUGGAGAACCAGCUGAAACGCGUGCGGAGCGACCUGCAAGAGGUGGCGCGAGAGCGACCAGCCGACGCACAAGCGCUGCUCAGGGCCGACUUGGACAAGCUUCAGCUGCAGUUAGAUGCCCUACGCUCGGGACAACGCGACGAACUAUCGAGGACUGAAGCCCGCGACCGUGCGCACCGUGCCUCCGUGGACUGGUUGCGCAGCACCGUCGAACAGAUCAAGGCCGAACUCGCCGAGUUGUCGCGGCAGGACAAUGUGACCGUUGCCCUAGGCCUGAGCCGGGGCUUUGAAGGAGAGGCGGCGCGGCUCAGGGCAGACCUGGCUGACCUUCGAGACCAGCUGCAGGCACUUCGGGCGGCACAACAACGGCGCGAGGCCGGCGCCGCGCAGGCUGCCGGAGAGAGGGCCGAGCUCCGGGCACUGCUCCAGAGGCAGGCUGUCCAGCAGCGUCAGCUGGCACAGCAGGUUUCGGAACUUGCCGAGGAUUUCCGGAACCAGAGACUGGACGGCAGCAGAAGGAGAAACGACGACGAGGAAAAGCACCAGGAUGGAGAUGCUUUGGAAUAUUUCGAGGGCUCAGGGAUGGAACCUGCAGAUGAUCUUAUCCCACGUCGUGCUGAUGGAGACAUGGAGACGCAGAGGCAUGAAAUUCGCCACCAUCGAGACCUCCGGCAGAUAGUUUACCAUCUGCAAAAGACUGUCCAAGCGCUGUCUCACGAUCAAUCCAAACUGGCCAAGGAUAUCAGCCGACUGCGUCGGAACAGCACUGAACUCUCUGUGGCAAUAGCUUCACUGCAAGGAGUUUCCAACACAGCCUACUCAACACAGCUUGAUAGCCAGUUACGUCGGCUGGAAGAUCGAAUCCUGGCACAAAAUGAAAAGGUGCGAAAUGUCUCGGGCUGCUUCCAAAGUAUUGACAAGGUCCAUGCCUCAACGGUAGAGCUCUUCAGGGAUUUGCGCACACUUGAGAAGAAAGUAGACCGAGGUCUCACUGAUCUGCGCAAAGAAGUCUCCAAAUGUGACUUUGAUGUAGCCACUGCAUUAUCACUAGCCAAGGCUGUCCGACAAGAUGAGCUUGCCAGACGAGAGACCCUCGCCAGCCUCAAGAAUGACUUACUGCAGGCAAGAAAUGAGCUUGACAAAACUCGCUACAAGAUACUUAGCGUGGAAGGAGCAGUCCUCAAUACAACAGUGUCAAGCCGUAAAGCAGGCAGUGGCUGGGUGUCACAAGAGAUUAAGAUAGCGAACCUUGAAGUGGCAAGCACACGUCUUUCCAAGCUAGUUGAUCGCAACAGCCGUAAAUUGGCACACCUCACGAGAUCACUGGACCAGGCUGUGAACCGUGACGUACUUGACGAGUGGAAGAGAAAGCAAGAAGACUUGGCCAGUAUUCUACAAAACGUAACAGCAGAAGUGCCCAAAAUAAGAAAAAAUAUUACUCAUCUUGAGGGAGAAGUGGAAAAAUUUGAGGACAAUUUACCACAAGACUGCUCUUCCAACAUAAGUCAUCCUACAAAUGGUCAACACAGUGGAGCGCGACUAAUUCACCCCCGUGGUGCUGAGAAGGCCCGCCUAGUCUUUUGUGAUAUGCAGACAGAUGGUGGUGGCUGGACAGUAGUGCAGCGCCGAUGCGAUGGCUCUCAAGACUUCUAUCGCAACUGGGAUGAUUACAAGCAAGGUUUUGGUGAGGUGACUGGUGAGCACUGGCUAGGAAAUGAUGCACUGCAUGAGAUCACCUCCUCUGGAAACUACUCACUUCGUAUCGACCUCUGGGACGUGUCAGGAAAUUACAAAUUUGUUGAAUAUGACCAUGUCGCUGUUGGUUCAGAGGCUCAGAGGUAUCGUCUGGAAGUACUGGGCUACAGGGGUAACGCCAGCAAUGCCCUUGAGUACCAUUCAGGUAUGGCAUUCAGCACUGCUGACAGAGAUAAUGACUUCAGUAGCACUCACUGUGCUGUGUACUACUCCUCAGGCUGGUGGUACAACCACUGCCAGUAUGUUAACAUUAAUGGCAAGUACAAAGUUGGCUUAACUUGGUAUGACAUGGAUGCACUUGAGUGGGUGCAACUGUCCAGGGUAGAGAUGAAACUCAGACCCGCUACAAGAAGGAAGAAGCGCAGGUGGACAAAGGCCACGUCUGUCUGAGCAACAGCACAGGCUUGGGCGUCUUUGUUUUUUUUUUUUGGACUUCGCCAGAGAUGGCCCUUCGAUUAAUUUAUAAAAAUGUGUGCUUGUUGUACAUAUGUUACGAUCAUAGGUGUAUGACAGUGUGCAGAAAAACUAUGUGUGCUGUGCAUAGUGAGAAAUGAACCAGCGACCUGCCUCGUGCCAUAAUGGACAAGUUGUUCAAGCCAGCAACACGAGCUGUAGUAAUACAGAGCCUGUCUGCUCUGCCUAACAACAUGACAACACUCAAGGGACCAAUGCAACAGUGACGUGAAGGCACAUUGUUUGACAACAUGGACAUCCUGUAAAGCCAGGAGAAAUCAUAAUCCCGGCAUUUUAAUAUUGCCUUCUGGAUCCCCAGGCCCAUCUGAAUGAACUCCAGCCACUGUUUGAUGAAGGCUUAUGUUAUCAAGGCACGGCCACAAUGUGAAUCAGCACAUCCACAGGCAGUUAGUUCCCUGAGAAUGCAUGAACAAGUUAUGAGGGUGGUUGUUGAACACUCUGAAGGCCAACCCAUGAGAAAGUUUUGUGUAACCAGUGCUGUGUUUGUGUAUACCUUCUCUUUCUUAUUGAAUUGUGAGCUUGAUCAUAGAACUUCAGCCUUUUUAAAAGCAGCAUAAGCAUUUUGUGCUUCUGGUCAAUGUGAGCUGCUAUGGACAAACAUUAACUGUAUUGAUGUGUCAGUGACAGCGUAUGCUGUAAUCUGCAAUCAAACCCGUUGCCCACUACUUCAUGGUACCCAUGAAUGCACAGAAGGUGUCUGUGCAACAUUUCUCUGUCAAAGGCGUACUCCUGCCAGUAUGCUAUUUGGUUGCAUUUCUUGCAGCAAAAGAUGUUCAUGUGGGUUUUUAAGGGCAUUUGAUGGUACUGUAUGGAAAUCAGCAAUGUCACCAUAUAGUAAUUUAUUCACCGUACAUAUCAGAAAAGUGAAACAAAUUGUCAUCCCAAACUUGAAAUUUAAGAUAAUAAGCUGCAGAUGCAGUAAAAAAUGUUUUAUUUAUUUAUCUAUGAUAUGGAAGUUUUAGGGCUUAUUCCUGAGACAAUGUAAAUGCCCUGAAAAUUUUUUAUGUACAAUAACCGUAAGUGAACACCCAUUGUACAAGCAUAUGGUAGCCCAUUCAAAUGCCCUUUCCUGUGUUCCUACAGAAGAAAGGAACGUGCUGUGAACUUUACUGUGGCAAACGAACAACUUCCACCAGUGUAAAAGUAGAAGUGUGGUAACCCAACAGUAUAGAUGUAGAAGUGACUUCCUGCCUCUUUGUGUAAAUGUUGUAGUUGUUGAGUUUGUCAUUAUUCAUAACUACCUGAGGUAUGAACGAAUAGUAUUUAUAUUUAGUUAAGCCAGCCACUUGUACUUCACUGUGCGCUAACAUAAAUCAAAGUACUACUAGCUUUCUAGUGCUUUGUGCAUGGGACAUCACGAUUGUUAUCUUUAUUUUGAUUAAGCAUUGUUUUUGCAUUAUAUAUUAAGAAAUUUUCAUGGGCAUUGAUGGUCAUAGCCACUUAUGAAGAAUGUUAGGUGGCCUAUAAGCAGCUGCUAAGAUGUGCCCGUGAAUCAUUUUUUCUUUCUCUUUUUCCUAACACAUCAGCAAUAGCCACUAGCAUAGUCCGUUUGCAUUGGUCAAUUUUCAUGCUGAACUUUUGAACUAUCCUCUACAUAUUACAAUUGUUGAUUUGUAAAGUAAUGAGCUUGCUAGAUCAUAACAAAAUAUAAAUAUAAGGAAUUAUGUGAUUUGUGAUUCAUAACUACAUAAAACUAAUAACAAUGUGAAAGUUUGGACUGAUUGGAAACAUUAAUGGUUCAACACUACUACACAUCAUACAUUUUUUUUCAGUUCCAGUGUGGCUUUGAACUGCAGUAGUAAGUAACAAGAUCUUGAAGAAGCUACAUAAUGAUUGAAAAUAAAAAGCUGGGACUUACAUACCAUAGAUUAAGCACGUAUAAGAGACCCGAUGCUAGUAAGUAUCAAGUGUUACAUGUCCAAUGGCAGUUUAGGCAUCUGAAGACUUAUUAGAUAAAGCAAAUACCCUGAAAAAUAACUCACACCUCAUAUAAAUGGCUCUGGAAGCUAAAAAAAUUUUUGGGUCUACUGUAAUGCGCAAAGCAGGAUAUGAUUCACUUGUCUUGUUUUCAUAUUAUUGUUAACAUUUACUGACCUAAAUAGAAAAGAGCUACUAUAGUUGACCUGUAAUAAUCAGCAGUUAAGAAUUACUAUCAAUUAAAACUCAUCUCAAAGUUCCUUGUGGCCAGCUAUAUUUUCAGUUAAUUUUGUUUGUCACUGAUUAGAUAGAUUAGAUAUGAAAUAAAUAUUUCACUUUAUUCAAAAUAUUUGUCUUCAUAGGCAAACAAUUAACGAAGUAACCCAACCAUUCUGGCUAAAACUGAAUGGCAGAAAAAAAUACAUUCAUAACUCCAAAUAUUUUAUAUUGAGAUCUGUAUCAGCUGGAAGGGCAGUCGAACAUUUAUAACUGGUAAAGCAUAUGUGCCCAGUAUUAGAUAUCAGUCUAGCUCAGUGCUAUUCUGUAGUUGAUAUCAAUGGAGGGCCUCCAUAAAAGUAGAAUGCACUCUAUAUAGAUACCUCUUGGUAUAGUAACUCAUCAUUAUCUCUUGAAUUAUGCAUAACAGACCUUUAGAUAACUCACGCACAGGUGUGUGUUCCUAAGGUGUACACCAGUUGCAAUUGUUCUUUGCAACAAAACUACAAUGCGUCACUGGGCUGAGUGACAAAGCCACAUAGAAGCUGAUGACACUAACUGUUACAUUUUUCAGCCAUUGCCGCCAUUGUUCAGAGGUGCAAAUGCAGCCCUCAAUUACUGGCAUGCUAUAGGCAUCAUCAAGAGUCACCUAACAUGCAAGUCAUUGUAUCACACAACAUAUGUUCCUCAUAUACCCCUGACAAACAGCUGGCUAGUCAAGAAAUCAAGUUGUGUGAUGUGCCAACAUGGCAAAAACCACCUUUAUAUAAUGUUUACACAUUCUGCAUAUUCUCUGUCCAUUGAAACAUCUAGCAAUGAUGAGAUAAAAUUGAUUACAGAAUAAAAUGUAGUAGAAAAGAUGCACAACUGAAAAAAGAGAUGUGCACAUAUUUAGUGAUCCUCACUACUGUAUGUGUAACACUCCACAAAGAAAGUUCUGUACAUUACUCAUACACUCAGUAUAUCAAAUACAAGUGCAAUUGGAAUAACUCAUUUGGAACAGAGUGUUUAUUAUUCAUCCUAAACCAGUUCAUGGUGAUUUUGACAGAAAACUUUCAUAAACUGGCUUGAAAAAAAAAAGAUAUAGCUUCAGCUUUAGCAAUGCACAGUUGGUAUCACUGCAUUGACUUUAGCUACAGCUGGUCUGAUGGUCAUUUUUGUUAUUUCAGAUCUCAUACAGAUGAGUGUUCUUUCCCCCAUACGAUGUGGAGGAAUUUGUUAUGCAUUGCUUAUUUAUUUAGGCCUUUGUUAUUAUUCUCUACAUUUGUUGCAAUUGCAUUUCACAAGGAGAGAUUUUGCUGUAGAUUGUAUGCGAUUAUAGAUGCAUAUAUCUAGGCUUUACACUAAAACUGUCACGUUUGGCAAUGAAGGAUGUUUUUGCUUGGUGCGAGAUGUUUACUUAAUAUAAGUGAUUCUAGGAUUAGAAGAUUAUAUAAGAAAAAAGCCUUCAAGAUAUUUUUUUUUUCUUACAAGGCUUUUGUACAGGUUCAGUCCUGUUUGCACAACUGUCUGAGACAGCUGGAGUAGAGAAAAGUGUAGGUGUGAUGCUUCGAUUGUGUUUUGUCUUGUACAUAGAUAUAAUAAAAAAGAGUUUAAACAGCA